AUCUUCACUUCCCCGCAGCGUAAUCUUCUUUCCUUCUCCCAACCUCCUGCCGACACCAUCGCGUCCAUAGCACGAUGCCGGCUCAUAAGGGAUCCAAGCUGACUUGUACAUUCUGUACUCGCCAGUUCUCUCGUCGCGAGCACUUGACCCGCCAUCUAUCUUCCCACGCCAAUCAUCGGGCCCACCAAUGCAGCUCCUGUGGGAAAGCGUUCAACAGAUGCGACUUACUGACGAGGCACCGAAGAAUAAGUUGCUCCUCGGUGACCAAAGACAAGCCCAAAGCGCCACAGCCACGAAGCCGAGGGGCAUGCGACAGCUGUGCCAAAGCCAAGGUCCGCUGCUCGCCCGCCGUCCCAUGUAGUCGGUGUAUCAAGAAGGGUGUUUCCUGUACGAGAAACGCCACUCAUAGAACAGCUGGAGACGAUGCCUUUGUCGCCGAUCAGCCGCUGCUUGACCGGUCAGCCCCAGCCUUGGAGGCAUCCGGCCAUAUUAGCGAUAGUGCCUUGCCAGCUCCGCUGUUACCGGCCAGUCCAGGAGAACUGGGAAAUGGGCCAUCCUUUAUAGAUGCAGCAUACGCCGGGCCGUUCGACUGGUCUUUUCAAAACGGCACCCCUUCGCAAGGGCUCAGCAUGGACUUCCUUGACCUUUUUAGCUUCCCUGGGAAUGUGCUUCAACUUGACCUUGAUGAAACUCCUGGCUUGCAUGGUACUGCGACCGGACAAGUAGGUGCAGACACGCUUGCCGCUGACCCCUCCGAGCAACCAACCAGCAAAAGUCUGGCCAACCCCUCAGAUUCAUGGCAUACAUACGGCGGGUCUGGGAUGGUUCAGCCGAAUUUGUGGGAGAAAAAUCGGCCAGCAAGAUCGACAGAGCUUACACAGGAUGCCAACAAGAUCAGCAAUAUGCCGGAAGGGCCAACUGGACCCCCGGUGUCAAUAAUGAGCUUCCUCAGUUUGGAUGAUGUUCUGGCAAUGGAGGAUCACGGCCAUGUUCCACGCAUUCGAGAGAGGCAAAUGACGGGGUUGUCGGCGUUGCUUGCCAAAAUACAAUGCCCGCAAUAUUUGGCCUGUGAUCCAGGCGUCAAGGAGCUCUUGAAAAACGCGGAAGUCAUCAACGCCUUUGUCCAGCUAUAUUUCGAACACUACCAUCCAACCCUACCUCUUCUUCACAAGGCAACGUUCAACGUGGAUGAUACACCUCCGUUGCUUAUACUGGCAGUUCUCACCAUUGGGGGUCGGUUUUCCAAAAUUCCACAGUCCCAUACACUGACCUCCAUCCUCGGAGGCAUACUGCGCAAAGCACUUGAUAACCUGGUAGAGGAGAAUAUUCAUCAGACCAUCGAAAUCCCUUUCGCGCAGGCAGCUCUUCUAAACCAAAUCCAGAUAGCCUUUGAUGGCCGACGGCAACUCGCCUUAAAGGCCCAGUUCCAGAGGUCCAUGCUUAUAACGGUGUGCCGUGGCCUAAGCUCCAGAAUGCGCCGAGAGGACCUGCUCCAGAAGCAUGGCAAUAGUUUAGAUGCUAGUUGCCACGAUGAAGCGGUUUCCAAGUGGAUUGGCAGGGAGCUCUGUAGACGACUUAUAUACGCAAUUUGGUUGGUCGACUGUCAGUUCAGCCUGUACGCCAGCGUUCCACCGAUGAUGAGCCUGGACGACCUUGAUUCAAGUUUGCCCUGCCCCGAUACAUUAUGGGAUCUGGAUGCGGGGAUGCUAUCGCAGGAGUUGAACAGUCCCCAGAGCCAUGUUUGGAACGUGCCGGUCAAGGAUACUUUAAAUCCUCUCGAACCCGGAAAGAUAGCACAGUCAAAAGGCCUUGGAAUUUUCUCGCGAUUGAUCGCAAUGACUGCAGCAUUCUAUCAGUGGCACACGGCAACCAGUGUCAAUCGCUGCAUACUUCAGGGCGAUGCGGACCAAUCUGUGCAGCGCCGGAAUUCCGCCUCGCUACUGGGGGAUGAUUAUGGGCUAGCAGUGACUGGGAAUGAGGCAAACACCAUGAAACCGCUGGUGUCUGCAGUCCACCGUGCACAAUGGAGGCGUGCCGCUUCGGACGCUAUCAGCACAAUGUCCAGCAACAUCGCUGCCCCCCAAGAGGGGAGCGCAUCACAGCUGAUGAAGCUGUAUCGACAUAUUUCAAUAGUACUCAUUAUACCGCUGCAGCCGAUGUGCGAGUACAUUGGAUGGAUGGCCACCAGACAGUGCACGGCGGCGGCUCGCCAAAGCCUCUGCACCUGGCUCCGCGGUGACAUACAGGGUUGCCGGAGGGCUACAAUGCACGCCAUCACACUGUUCUGCCUUGUCCGGCGACGAAAGUCCACGGCUCAUAGUGAAAACCAUCAUCUAUUCGUCGCAUUCCUGACCAUCUGGACAUUUUUCUCUCUGGAUCCAGUAGCACGUGGCGCUGGCGGAAAUCCAUCCGAUCCGUUUUGCUGCUGCAUUGAGUGGGACGGUGAAGCUGACGCGGCCGUACAAGAGCGAUGGAUUCAAGCCCCUGGACAUCCCCGGAUCCGAAUUGCCGGGGUGGGCAACCUGGAUGAGCCGAGUGCUAUGUAUCGAAUCCUGGUUGAGACGCAUCAGAUCCUUCUCUCGGACCAGGUGUGGGGGAUCGGCCGGCUGUUUGCGGGUGUGCUUGAGGGGCUCAUUCGCCGGGGGUCUGCGACUGGUGAGACUUGACUGUCUAAUUUGUUCAGAACCAGUUGAUGUGAGCAUGGUUAAACAACCCACUCGGAUAGACCCUAUCUCCGCUAUACACCGUACACCCCACA